AUGACCACCAAGGAAGAUGCCGUCGCGAACUUCGAAGCCGCUCUGGAGAGGACUGGUAACGGCCUCUACAAUAUCCUCUUGGUGGCAACUUGUGGUCUGAUUCUCCUCGGAAUCGGGGUGGACCUCUUCGGUUUCAGUUUGGUGGUGGCUGCUGCGUGUGACCUAGAAUUGUCAGUUACACAGAAAGGCAUCCUGACUUCUUUGCCUUUUAUUGGUAUCCUUCUAGUAUCCUACCCAUGGGGCUACGUGGCAGAUACUAGAGGGCGUCGCUUCGCCUUAAUCAUUUCAGUGCAAGUGGCUUUCGUGCUAUCCUGCUUAGCUAGCCUGGCUACUAACUGGAUUCUAUUGGGCGUAAUCAAGUUUAUCUCUGUGUGCUUUUCUUGCGCAGCCAACUCGGCCACUUACACACUAGUGGGGGAAUCUUGCAUCGCCCGCGUUCGCAGUAAAUACAUGCUCAUCAUCACAUGCCUUAUUAUCCUGUCGCCAGCUGUUGCUGCAGUUCUAACAUAUCCUACACUAUUACUAUCGUUUAAAUUGGACAUUCCUCUGCUGGGAAUCACCUUCACCCCCUGGCGACUCCUGAACAUAGUCCUGGCAAUACCGGUUGGUAUCGGUGGGGUGGCGAUAUGCUUCUUCAAUGAGUCGCCAAAAUUCCUCGCAAAUUGCGGAAGGAAGGAGGAAGCUGUACAAGUAUUGAAGUCAAUUUAUGCAAUUAACCAUGGAAAGAACAAACAUGAUUUACACCUUUCAUCGUUGGUGAUAGAAGGACCUGUUUCAAAGAAGAGUCUAUCUCUUUUACGCGCGAUGCAAGAACAGAGCGCUCCACUCUUCAGGCCUCCACUCCUGUGGCGGACUCUGCAACUCUUCUUCAUCGUCUCCGUAGUGUACAUUACUAACAACAGCUUUCUGGUAUGGCUGCCUCAUGUGCUGAAUGUGGUGAGACUUUCUCUUGAAAAAUCUUCUGACUUCAGCGGUCUUUGUGACCUGAUAUCAAACGAAAGAAGCAGUAAUGAAACAGUCCUUUCUGAUAAUUCUACAAGUACUACGCCUUGCCUCGGCUACGUAGAGGAGAACAUAAUCAUCACUCUAGUCAUAUCGCAAUCUAUCUUCUCUUUCUUGAACUUCGUUAUCUCCUACCUGAUGGCGUGGAGAAGAACGGUUCUGCUGUGUAUCCUUUCUCUUUCCACCAUAAGCGGAAUACUUAUCAAUUUCAUGCCAGAACCGAUCUCCAGUGUCAUGUUCUUCAUGAUAUUCACUUGUACAAAUUUGGGGAUGGGCAUAUUGGCGGCUUACUUCGUCGAUUUAUAUCCCACUUCUUGUAGAGGUAUGGCGACCUGCCUCAGUGUAAUGGUAGGAAGAACCAGCACUUUUAUCGGCAUAAACUUGGUUGGGAACCUUAUCUUCAGCCACUGCCGUCUCACUUUCUAUCUGUGGUCAUUACUUGUACUCUGUAGCGUAUUUGCAGCAUGGUUUCUACCGCGAGAUAAAGCAAAACAAGUUCCCAAAUGA